AUGAUUAUUGAAGAUGAAGGAAGAACGAUAUGUACGUAUGACACAUAUGAAACCAUCCCCGAGACACUACCAAUAGAGAUUGGUGGCGAUAAGUACAUGGAUAGGAGAGCAGAGAUACAUAGCAAUGAAACAUUUCACAAUCUUCGCAUGAACUUGGUGGAACACCUUUACGGGAUUCAAAACAUUGAUCUCAAUUUGGAUCCCCCGGAAGACAAUGAAGACGAGUUCUCAAAGGAAGACUUUACGUACCUUAGGGUAGGAAUCAAAUCGCUUUCGAAGUUGCAGCACAUAGCAGGUCCAAAAGAGAGGAAAAUGAUGUUAAUUGCAAAGUGGACUCUGCUUAAUUUCGGCGCUGUUGGAAAUUUGAGGUAA